GCGGUAAGCGGGGGCUGGGGGAGGGGGCGGGGGGGCCGCGCCGCGCGAGCCGUUGGGCCUGGCUCCGCGAAGGCGUUGCUGUUGCCGCUGCCGCCGCCAGGAAAUACAGGGAGAGGGAUCAAGCGCAGCGUGGCGAUGGGCAGGAGUAGAACCCCGCCAGAGGGGCUGGGCGGCCGCCGGUGACAGUUUAACUAGUGAAAAACAAAUCGUGUCCCGUUGCCUGUUCUGAACUUGCUGUCCAUGGACUCCUACUGGAUGUGUGAUUGUGCAUCUGGCUUCUUUCACUCCAUGUAAGGACUGCGCUCUGUCCACCACGCCUCCUGCAUGUCCUGCUGCCCUGAGCUGUCCCAAGCUAGGUGACAGCGUGUCACGCUGCCACCAUGAAUGAGGUGUCUGUCAUCAAAGAAGGCUGGCUCACAAGCGUGGUGAAUACAUCAAGACCUGGAGGCCCCGGUACUUCCUGCUGAAGAGUGACGGCUCCUUCAUUGGCUAUAAGGAGCGGCCCGAGGCCCCCGACCAGACCCUGCCCCCCUUAAACAACUUCUCCGUAGCAGAAUGCCAGCUGAUGAAGACCGAGAGACCUCGGCCCAACACCUUUGUCAUACGCUGCCUGCAGUGGACCACAGUCAUCGAGAGGACCUUCCAUGUGGACUCCCCGGAUGAGAGGGAGGAGUGGAUGCGGGCCAUCCAGAUGGUUGCCAACAGCCUCAAGCAGCGGGGCGCAGGUGAGGACCCCAUGGACUACAAGUGUGGCUCCCCCAGUGACUCCUCUGCUGCUGAGGAGAUGGAAGUGGCAGUGAGCAAGGCUCGGGCCAAGGUGACCAUGAACGACUUCGACUAUCUCAAGCUCCUGGGCAAGGGCACGUUCGGCAAAGUCAUCCUGGUGCGCGAGAAGGCCACCGGCCGCUACUACGCCAUGAAGAUCCUGCGGAAGGAGGUUAUCAUCGCCAAGGAUGAAGUCGCCCACACGGUCACCGAGAGCCGGGUUCUCCAGAACACCAGGCACCCGUUCCUCACCGCGCUGAAGUACGCCUUCCAGACCCACGACCGCCUGUGCUUCGUGAUGGAGUACGCCAACGGUGGCGAGCUGUUUUUCCACCUGUCCCGGGAGCGCGUCUUCACGGAGGAGCGGGCCCGUUUCUACGGCGCGGAGAUUGUCUCGGCUCUGGAGUACCUGCACUCGAGGGACGUGGUGUACCGCGACAUCAAGCUGGAAAACCUCAUGCUGGACAAAGACGGCCACAUCAAGAUCACGGACUUCGGCCUGUGCAAAGAGGGCAUCAGUGAUGGGGCCACCAUGAAAACCUUCUGUGGGACCCCCGAAUACCUGGCACCCGAGGUGCUGGAGGACAACGACUACGGCCGGGCCGUGGACUGGUGGGGGCUGGGCGUGGUCAUGUACGAGAUGAUGUGCGGCCGCCUGCCCUUCUACAACCAGGACCACGAGCGCCUCUUCGAGCUCAUCCUCAUGGAGGAGAUCCGCUUCCCGCGCACCCUCAGCCCCGAGGCCAAGUCCUUGCUUGCGGGGCUGCUUAAGAAGGACCCAAAGCAGAGGCUCGGCGGGGGGCCCAGCGAUGCCAAGGAGGUCAUGGAGCACAGGUUCUUCCUCACCGUCAACUGGCAGGACGUGGUACAGAAGAAGCUCCUGCCACCCUUCAAACCUCAGGUCACAUCUGAGGUCGACACUCGGUACUUUGACGACGAAUUCACCGCCCAAUCCAUCACAAUCACGCCCCCGGACCGCUAUGACAGCCUGGGCUCGCUCGAACUGGACCAGCGGACCCACUUCCCCCAGUUCUCCUACUCGGCCAGCAUCCGGGAGUGAGCAGUGCUGCCUGCCCGCCGCCGCCACAGGACACUCGCACGGCUGCUGUCACUGCCGGGGGGCUUUUUCUUUUUUUUUUUUAAACUUUUUAUUUCGCCCUUUUUGUUUGUGUCCCCAUUCCUCAUCUCCUUACCCCCGUUUCCAGUUUUUUCUUCAGCCCUCUGCCAAACGCACCUCAGCGGUCCCAGUGGCCCUGCCUCCAGAGUCCUGUCCUGCCUUCUCCUUUGUGCCCAGACCAGGGUUCGGGAGACUCUCCACCUCCUGCCCCAGGACCACCGGGCCUUUGGGCGGUUGGAGAGAUUUCAGUUUUUAAUCAACCCAAAGCCCAACACAGAGUGAAGGGCGAAGCGUGGAGCCGUGGGGUCUAUGCGGAUUUCUGGUCGGGGCGCCCGCAGGCUGCCUGCCCGUGCUGCUGCUUCUGUCAGAGGCUCCCUUCUGGCGGGCCGCCUGGUGGACAGCGCCCUGGUGCUGCCUUCCUUGCCCUGUCAUUAGGCUCCCAGUGGCCUGGCGUGGGGCAGUCCAGCCCCCUUCUCCCAUGGGGGCAGAAAAGCAAUAAUGUCCAGGGACAGGGGGUGAGGAUAGAGGGUAGGGAUGGGCCUUCUGGAAGCUGCGUGCAGGAUGGGGGCUUAGGGCUCCCUCACGUGGGUGGCGCCCCAUCCUUCCUGUGGGGAACUAGGAGGGAUUCUGGGGGGUGGGUGCUGCCUGCUGGGCCUCCCCUGCCACCCGCACCCCCUCAGCUGCUCUCCUGACCCUGUGGAGGAGGCUAGCCUCCCCGCCCACCAGCCCCGUGCCUUACCAGGGCUUCCUUCCAGCCGGCCUUACCUCCUGUUGCACCCCCGGCCUGGCCCUGGCCCCUUUUGAGGCGGGGGGCACGGAUCGUCCCCCUUCUCUCUGUCUGGGGCGGAGGGGUGCCAGCCUCAGCUGUUACACAUCUCGCACCGAGACAGUAUUGGGCCCUGUGGACUUGGGUCAGAGAAGGGGUAGGGCAGGUGUCUGGUACGUACUGGGUUGGGGGCCUCUGAGAAGGGAGGCUCCAGGCCGCCUCCCCACCCCUUCUCCGGGCCCCACAUUCUGCAGCCUUAAGGUGAACCUGUCAGCGCUGUGGGCACUUGGUGUGUGCCUCGGACUGUGUGUGUCUGUGGGUGUCCCUGUGCAUCUGGGAUGCAGGUGCAUGUGGGAGGUGUGUGUGCGUGUGUGUCGGGUAUGUGUGUGUGAGGGCAAGUGUGUCCUGGCCUCCGGUGUCCGUGGUCUGUGUGGCCCGCCCCACCCCCCGGCCCAAGCAUUUCAUCCUGGCGGGGGGGAUGUGCUGGCCAAGCAGGGGAGCCGUGCCUGAGGUCCACUCGUUGCCCUGUGCCUCCCCUCCCCCCAGCAUCUCUGGGUGUUUGGAGUUUUUGUGGUUUUGCUCUCCCCACCUCGCCUGUAGGCAGUUCACAGAGAGACAUCGUGGGGUGGGGUGGGGUGGGGCUUGGUUUGGACGGGUGGGGUUCUUUUUUUUCUUUGUGUGUGUGUAUGUCGUUAAUCUGACAGUUCUCCUUCCUCCCCACUGGCCUGUCCUCGUCCCUCGUGUUUGUACGGUACAAGCAAUAAAGACACUUGUUUCAGACCGAGGCCCACCGCCCUGGGCCUUUCCUUGCUUCCAAAGUCCGGUUCCAGGCACCUGCUCCCGUGGCUUGGUUCACAGGGCCUGUGGAGCCUCGAGGCGGGGAGGUUAGGGGGGUGGGGGCACUGGGGGGCGCUGCUGAGGAGUUAGGGGAAGGUGCCUGGGCUGGGGGUGCAGUGGACAGAGGCCAUUCCAGCCUCUCAGGAGCUGUUUGGGCAAAAUAAGGUGGAGAGACGGGUGGGGAGGUGUGAGGUGUUGCUGGGCCCUGGGAGAACAGCGGCAGGAGUGGGCUUCCCCUGCCCUUGAGCCCUGGAAGGGCACUGCCUGCACACCUGUUCUGCCCACUUAAUGGCACCCGGUUCCAAUACAGCACCCUCGCUGGGUCGCUGGGGUUGGCGGUGGCUGUCCGCUGGGAGCAGCCGUCCCAGCUCUGAGAACGCUCUCCUCUGGAGCUGUCGCUGUCGUCCUGGAGUUCCCCUGGCCAGGGCCGGCACAGGUGAAUGCAAUGUCAGAUUUUGCCUGAAAGUGUAGGGUUUCCCACACAUGGAGUCUUUGAGAUCUUAAGUGAGGGUCCCGGAAAGUCAGGUCCUACAGCCAAGACUCAAGGAAUUUUUUUGUUUUCUAACUUCAUGUGGGCUUUGUUAUUUAUUUCGUUACAAAAGUACGUCCUAGGGGUCUUGCGUAAAUGGCAGAGAGGUGUAUAAAGAAAAGCCUUUUACUUUCCCGUCUAGUGGUAGUGCCUGGAGGCAACCGGUGCUAGUUUCUUCUCCUGCCGCACUGUCGCCCAGACCUCCGUGGGCCGGUCCCUGUGCCCACCCAGGCGGGCCUUGGUCGUCUCACUCCGUGGCUGGGCCUCCGCAGGUUCCCCAGCUGCUGCCUCAGUGGAAUGUGGACUCUUAGGUGAGCUGCUGCUUAUUUCCGUAGGACAACUUUGCCGAAGAGGGAGUUUUAGAGGGAAGAGUUUCCCUAAUAAAAUGUUAGCAAGCAGGAAAAUUAAAAUUUUAGGAGAUUAAUCCACAUGUGUGCCAUGUAGACAACAUCACAUUUUGUGACUGUGUGUGAAGAACAGUGCAAAACAAUAAAAGGAGGAGGAGGAAAGUCACAACCACCCCCGGUCUUGAUCAGUCAUUCUGUUCCUCACAUCACCUCUGUGCCAGGGGACCUGGCAUCGCGAGAGGCUGUCCCUCUGCCCCUGUAAUGCCUUCUUCCCGGUUGAUGUCAAGCCGCCGGGCACUCCCCUGCCGCAUCUUACCCACUCCUGGCAGCAGGCACGUCCGUGUUGGGUUCUCGGUAAAAACAAGAUCCUCUUGGAGCCACUUUUCUGUGUGUGUGUGGGGGGGACUCCCCGUGGACACUGCUGUCAUGCUUCCAGCCACUUCACAUGCUGAAUCGGUUGGCUGGGCCUCAGCUGAUUCAGCUACCCCCUGUUGACAAGAAUUUACUUGGUUUCCAGUUUGCUGCUCCCAGCAGUACUGUAGUAGAUUUUAGCUCAGCGGCGUAGUCCAUCUUUGCUGUGCUUAUACUUUUAAGUUUGUGUGGAUUCCAUUCUUGGGUUGCUGUAUUUUAGUACAUGUCAGAGAGCUUUCCCUGAAAGUGUAGCGACCCCCCCCCCUUUUUUAGGGCCACACCUGCAGCAUAUGAAAGUUUCCAGGCUAGGGGUCAAAUCGGAGCUGCAGCUGCUGACCUGCACCACAGCCAUAGCAAUGUGGGAUCCUUCACCCACUGAGUGAGGCCAGGGAUUGAACCCGAUCCUCGUGGAUACUAGUCAAGUUUGUUACUGUUCAGUUACAACGGGAACUCCGUGAUUCCCAUAUUUUAACCUUAAUUUUGAAACAAUUGCAGACUUGUGAAAACUUUGAAACUUUCAAAAAUAGUACAACAAUGACUCUAGUACUAGAGCAGGAGAUGUACACAGUGAACCUGGAGCAGCUUGUGCCAGAAAGUAAGGACCUGCUCAAACCAAACCCUUACUGAUCAGAGUGGGUGAAGGGACAUGGGAGCCAACAGGAAAGGACCCAGUGGCCACAGCUGAAGGCAGUCUGAGCAACAACAAAUAGCUUAGUAUUGGGUUACGCCCAAAGAGGAAAACUGAGUUUGUGUUGAUGGAGAUGACAAGGGGUGAGAAGAGACGUGUCUCUCUGCAGAAUUCCAGGUGAUUUCUCUACAUGCUGCACCUUCAAGGAGGGAAAGUGGAAGCCUCGCUCCUUUGGUGUGGGCUGCACGCGACUUGCUUCCAAAGAGGACGGUGUGAAAACCGGCAAGGGCAGCUUCCCCAAGGGCGAAGUGGAGCCUGGCCAGCCGGGUGGUCAAGGGCAGCAUCACAGCCGUGAGUCACACCGUGGUGCGUGCUUUUGCCAGGAGGUGAUUAGAAUGCUGCUUUUCCCUGUGGUCCUUCUUCCUAAAACACACACUCUCCGUCUAAUAAAAAGAAAACAGGAGUUCCCAUAACAGCUCGGUGGAAAUGAACCUGACUGGCGACCAUGACUCCUCAGUGGAGUAAGGAUCCGGCGUUGCUAGGAGCUGUGGUGUAGGUCGCAGACGCGGCUUGGAUCUGGUCUUGCUGUGGCUGUGGUAUGGGCCAGCUGCUACAGCUCCGAUUCAACCCCUAGCCUGGGAACCUCCACAUUCUGCGGUUGCAGCCCUAAGAAGACAAGAAAAAACAGGAGUUCCUGUUGUGGCUCAGCAGGUUAAGGGCCAACCUAGUGUCUGUGAGGAUACAGGUUUGAUUCCUGGUCUUGCUCAGUGUAUUAAGUAUCCAAGAUAGGUCGUGGAUGCGGCUUGGAUCCUGAUUUCUUGUGGCUGUGGUGUAGGCCAGCAGCUGCAGCUCCGAUUAGCCUGGGAACCUCCAUAUGCUGCAGGUGUGGUCCUAAAAAGGAAAAAAACAAAACAGUCCUCAGACAAAUUUCAGUUGACGGACGUUCUGCAAAAACCUGACCACUAGUUCUCACAACUGUCAAAGUUGUUCAAAACGAGGAGAGCCUGAGAAGCUGUCACAGCCAAGAGAACUUAGGAGACAUGGAGACUAAAGGCAUGCUGACGACGAUCCUGGGACAGAGGAGACGUUGGGCUAACACCUCAGGAAAUCGGCCUCGAGCAGGGGAUUUCCUGACACCAUAUCCCUGCUUGUUCCUUAAAUUCUGACAAGCACCUCGCACUAGUGUAAGGUGUUCAUAGAAACGGGUAAAAAAGAAAAAGAAGGGGGUGGGUAUAUGGGAACUUUGUCCUCUUUGCAACUUUCUGUGAAUCUAUUCCAAAAUGUAUAAAGUUUUACAAGGAGGGAUUCCCCGGUGGCUCAGCGGGUUAAUGGUCUGGUGGUGUCACUGUUGUGGCUCAGGUGGCUGCUAUGGCCCGGGAACUUCCACAUGCUGUGGGCACAGCAAUACGAAUUUUCAUCUUCACACAGGUUCCCCGUGAUAUUCUUCAUUGACUUUAUGCUUCCCUCAUAUUUCUGUGUAUGUCCCCAAACAAGGACAGUCUCUCAUCGAGGUUAGAAAAUUAACACUGAAUCAAAUGCUUUUCUCUUGAGCCUUAAUCAAAUUUUACUAAUAGUCACAUUAAAUACACUGUAUGCAAAAGAAGAAGGGAAAAAAAAAGUCCUGGCUGGUAAUUCCGUCCAGGCCCACAUGUUCUAUUCAGCUGCCAGGUUGGAGAUUUAGAGCACAAGUUAAUUUGCAGAAUUCUCUCAAUCAGGGUUUGUUGCCUGAUGUUUCCUUGUGGUUAUAUGUAAGCUGUUUUUGACAGAAUUCCCAGAAAUAAAUGUGCCUUUCUCCGUGCAUCCUGUCAGGAGGCACGUGCGGUGAUCUGCUCUUUGCGUGGUGAUGACUCUGAGCCCUUGGAUAAGGUGGUGUCUGUCAGGCUUCUCUGUGAAGUUACUGUUUUCCCUUUGUAUUUAUUUGGUACAGGCACAUCAUUUCAUUGUGCUUUGCAGAUACUGCUUUUUUUUUUUUUUUAAACAAAUUCAGUUUGUGGUAGUCCUGUGUUGUCAGAUAAUGGUUAGCAUUUUGUGUGUGUUUUAGCAAUAAAGUAUUUUAAAAUUAAA